GGUGCUCACUCCUGUUAAUCUUUACUCAAUGUUUAAGGCAUGAUAUGAAAUAUCGUUGACAAUUUUUGAAAGCUUCCGAAAAUUGAAAUAAAAUACCAAAAUAGAGAAAAAUAUAAAAAUAUAUAUAAAGAAGAAAGAAAAUAUUCUAUACUUUGUACUGAUAUAUCUUAAAAGAAACAAAUAAUGAUAAAAGAAGAGGAAUAAAUUCAAACAAAGCGAUUUCAACAUUAUAUUGCGAGAAAAUGCCAGUUUAUCAGGAAGCAGAACAAAUCCAAGCACAAACUAUCAUUGUUAUUCAUCCUGGCUCUAUGUAUUUGCGUAUGGGUCGUGCUUCUGACCUGAAGCCUGUUACAUUGUUACAUGCAGUGGCAAGGAGACGUUUACCAAGUGGAAUAAAAUAUAAGGACAGUUUUCUGCCACCAGCUGUAAUAUUAACGAAGGAGUUAACGCAAGCAAUGGAAGAGUCUCGACUGCAAGUAUCACAUACUUUACAAUCCUGCUUACAAUCGGAUGGAAGUCGAAGAUAUGCAACUCCACCACAGCAAAUAGCAGCCUUCAAUCGCCGAUCCAUCCCAGAAAUUUCUUCUCCAUGCAACAUGAAAUGGACAAAAACUGACUGUGACAUAAUUGUUGGUGAUAAUAUUUUGUCAUUAGAUCCAGAGGAAGAAUCUAAUUUUAAUAUCCAUUUUCCUUAUAAAAGAGGUGAACUUAACAUACAUAUGGGUCCAGGCGGCAGUUUAACAGCUAUUAUGGCAGAUUUAAAAACAAUCUGGGAAUAUGUGCUGACUGAAAAGCUGGAUAUUCCUUUGAGAGAUUUAAAACACUAUCGUGCAGUGCUUGUUGUACCUGAUAUCUAUCAUCGACCUUAUUUGAAGGAAAUGACUACAUUAUUAUUGGAUGAAAUUGGUUUUGGUCGCUGUAUUCUAUUACAAGAUCAUGUAGGCGCGCUGUUUGGUGCAGGUUUGGGAUAUGCAUGUGUGGUAGAUGUUGGAGCGCAGAAAAUAUCAGUGUCAUGCGUGGAAGACGCAAUUUCUCAUAAAGAUACGCGAGUACGUAUGGAUUAUGGCAGCGCAGAUGUUACACAGACAUUUUUUUGGCUUUUACAAAAGUCCGCGUUUCCAUACAAAUUAUGCGAUCCCAUCAACAAAUUGGAUGCGUUGCUCUUGGAUCAAUUAAAGAUAGAUUUCUGUCACGUGGAUUUAAAUGUAUGUGGCUCACAGGAGAAAACAUUUGUUGUUAGAAAGCCAAAACAACAAACAGAGAAAUAUACUUUGCAGGUAGGCGAUGAAUGCUUAAUAGCACCUUUGAGCUUAUUUCAACCUGAGUUGUUUAGAAUUACUGGAACUCAUAAUGUUCAUGUUCAAAAACGAUCAUUAGGAGAUCCAGAAGAUCCUUAUGAUGAGAAUUAUUUAAGAGAAACGAGUAGACGUGGAAUGAAAGAAUCUUUAGAUCAUUCAUCAGAAAUGCAGGAGGAAACGGCGACUGUACCUACAAUUGCGGGCGAAGACGAAGUCGUAGUCGACGCGGUCGGCGAUACUGCACCUAGUUUGUCUAAUCGCGAUUUAGAGGUUCCUCGAGAUUUUGUGGUUCCACAACAAUUAUUGGGUCUUGAUCAAGCUAUAUUACAAAGCAUUGAACGAUGUUCCAAUGAAGAUUUCAAAAGAAAAAUGUAUAGUUGCGUGCUAGUCGUCGGAUCGGGUUUGAAGUUUAAGGGUAUUGGUACAUGGCUUCGCAAUCGAAUAUCCCUUCAGACACCUUACAUGUACAGGCCUGAACAACUAGAUAUUAUAACGCAGCCGAAGGAUAUGGAUCCUGGUAUGACGACCUGGAAAGGAGCAGGAAUUUUGAGUUGCUUGGAAUCAGCACAGGAGUUGUGGAUCGCUCGAACCGAAUGGCACCGCUGGGGAGUGAGAAUAUUAAGGGAAAGAUCUCCUUUUUUGUGGUAAAAAAUACCUGCUCUCUUAUUAAUUAAUUAUAAUAAUUUAUUAUAGUAUAUUAGUUAUAGUAUAAUAAUUAAUUAUAGUAUAUUAUAUUAUAAGACGUAUUGUUUACAAGAAAAGCGAAAAAAAUGAAAACAAUGUAGAAAUUCCCUCAUUUACCAUUGAUGAUUAAAAAAUGUGAAACAUUAUUUCUGUUAUAACAACAGAGGAAUGUUUUACUUUUACAUCAAUUUUGUAAUAUUGAUUUCUAAAAUUAAGCAAAAUUAUAGAGAAAAUAUUAAGUUAAGAAUAUUAAGUUAAUUAUCAAGCAUUCAUAAACAAAAUUUUAUAUUUGUUUCCUAUUAAUUAUAUCUCAUAAUAGGCAGCUAUCUGUGGCCUAGUUUACACCGAUAUACUUUAAUACAUAUUAAAUACUAGACUGGCUAGUCAUAGUCAUUCCUCUAAAGAAUGAAAUGGUUGUGAUUGGUCGGUAUAAUAUUUAGUACGUAUUAAAGUAUAUCGAUGUAAACUAGGAUUGUAUAUUGUAUAUCCACUAUUUUUCCUCACAACUUAUAAAUUUUGUGAAUAGAUUUUUUAUUUUUUUCGAUAGAAGCAUUUCAGUAUACUCUGUUCCAAUGCUCUUCAGAAAAUGUGUCAAUGCAUAUAAUAUUUAUUCAAAUAACAUAAUUAAUAUGUUGAUUUUCAUAUCUCGAGUAUAUUACGUGAUCUAUACUUGGCUAUAUUUUUUUAUUAAGCUAUCUACAUAACAUGACUACACCUCGAUUUGUUUAGAAUAAAAAUUGGAGAGGUAAAGUUGAAUGACAUUCGUGUAUUUAUUGCGUAUAUUUUAAAUUCAUGAAUCAGAAACU